AUCAUGGUAGCAACACAUUUGGAUAUAUAUAUGUAACAUAAUAUAAUCUCAUUCUUAAAUUAAUACAAAAACUACAAAACGAUCCUGCUUCAAAUCCUCCUCUUUCAUAGAGACUUUCCUUCUCAUCUUCAAUCUCUGAACCACCAAAUCAGUUCUUUGAUUCUGAAGAAACACAUUUUCCUGAUUCACUAUAAACCCUAAUAAUUAUAUUCUUAAAAACCAAAACUUAUUUUUAUAAGAAAAAUUUGAACAAAUGGGGAAGGAGAAGAAGACAGAGUCGCACUCCAAUGGGAGUUACAACUACAAGAUGUUCAAAUGCUUCAACCGCAAGUUCAAGAUCAACGAAGUCCAACCCACCAACGACGUCCGUGACGCUUUCUGCAAAUUCUCCGUCAACGGCGGCGGCGGCGAAAGCGACGGAGACCGAUCAUCCGGCGUUAUGGGGGCAGAGCAGCUCUGUUCUUUCCUCGACGACCACCAAGUCCAUUCAGUAACCACCGUCGCCGAGGCUCAACGGUUAAUCGACGAGGUUAUAAGACGUAGACACCACGUCACGCGUUUCACGCGCCAUGGACUUGACCUAGACGACUUCUUCAACUUCCUAUUUUACGACGAUCUCAAUCCUCCCAUCAAGUCUCACGUGCACCAAGACAUGACAUUGCCGUUGUCGCAUUACUUUAUAUACACGGGACACAACUCGUAUCUUACGGGGAACCAACUAAGUAGUGAUUGUAGCGAAGUCCCUGUGAUCAAAGCUUUGCAAAGAGGAGUUCGAGUUAUUGAGCUUGAUCUUUGGCCUAACUCUACUGGAACAGAUAUCAAUGUUCUUCAUGGAAGAACGCUCACAACGCCUGUACCGCUGAUCAAAUGCUUGAAAUCGAUAAGAGAUUACGCGUUUUCUAGCUCGCCUUAUCCGGUUAUCAUCACUUUGGAGGAUCAUCUUAGAGCUGAUCUUCAAGCCAAAGUGGCUGAGAUGGCUACAAAGAUAUUUGGACAAAUGUUGUAUUACCCUGAGUCAGAUAGCUUAGAAGAGUUUCCUUCUCCUGCUUCACUGCUUCAUCGGAUAAUCAUUUCAACUAAACCGCCUAAAGAGUAUCUUGAAUCAAGGAACCCGUUAGUUAAACAGAAGGAUAAUAGCAAUGUAUCUCCAUCUUCAGAGGAGGAAACACCUGAAAAAGAGGAGAUUCAGACACUAGAAAGUAUGUUGUCUUACGAUGAUUAUGAAACCAAGAGUGAUAGUGAUCAGCAGGAGGAGGAAGAAGAAGCGAGCGAAGAACAGAAACCAGUUUACAAACGACUGAUCACUAUCCAUGCUGGGAAACCAAAGGGGUCGGUGAAAGAAGAGAUGAAAGUUGCGGUUGAUAAAGUGAGACGUUUGAGUUUAAGCGAGCAAGAACUUGACAGGACAUGUUCAUCCAACAGUCAAGAUGUUGUAAGGUUUACACAGAAGAAUUUGCUUAGGAUAUACCCGAAAGGAACAAGAAUUAACUCCUCAAACUACAAACCACUUAUUGGUUGGACUCAUGGAGCACAAAUGAUUGCAUUCAAUAUGCAGGGAUAUGGGAAAUCUCUGUGGUUGAUGCACGGUAUGUUUAGAGCCAAUGGAGGCUGCGGAUAUGUCAAGAAACCUAACUUCUUGAUGAAGAAAGGGUUUCAUGAGGAAGUCUUUGACCCUAGGAAGAAACUUCCUGUGAAAGAAACGUUAAAGGUGAAAGUGUAUAUGGGAGAUGGAUGGCGUCUAGACUUCAGUCACACUCAUUUCGACGCAUAUUCUCCUCCUGAUUUCUACACUAAGAUGUUCAUAGUGGGUGUACCAGCAGAUAAUGCAAAGAGGAAGACAAAAAUAAUUGUAGACAAUUGGUAUCCAAUUUGGGAUGAAGAGUUCAGCUUCCCAUUAACAGUGCCAGAGCUUGCUUUGCUUAGGAUUGAAGUCAGAGAGUAUGAUAUGUCUGAGAAGGAUGAUUUUGGGGGACAAACAUGCUUGCCUGUUUCAGAGCUAAGACCAGGGAUUAGAUCUGUUCCUUUGUAUGAUAAGAAGGGAGAGAAAAUGAAGUCAGUACGGCUUCUUAUGCGUUUCAUCUUUGAAUGAUUUGGCUUAAUAGGAGUGGUAGUGUUUGAGAGAGAGUUUGGACCAUUUUGAGAAAACCUUUUGAGGUAUUGUAUAAUAGGAGUGGAUCUUUGCUCUGCUAUCUCCAAUAGUGUUUAGAUCUAUCAUAUUAAAAAAAAUAUAUAGAAUUUAUAAUUUUUUCCAAUAUAUAAAAUCUAAAUGUAAGAUGAUCCAGACAAAUUUACACGGCAACUGGAACAAAAGUAUGUUAAGGAAGUCCAAAAAUCAGAAUUUAGAAAAUUACCCGAGAGCAAUUCAUUAUUUGUACAAGGCAAAAAACCAGUUGGCUUUGGCUCAUGAAUCUUUAAUGUUGUUGAGAGGAUGGCUCUUUCGAGUCGCAUCAUCGUGUGAUGGUGUGAAUUAUUAUCAUAUAUUUAUUCCCAGUUAUCAGUUAAUGAGCACCCUAUUGGGUUAAGGGUUAUAUGAUACAUCACAGGAAGACUCAUGAGCAUUACACCUCAAAGCCAACUGGUUACUAAUACAAUAAUUCACUCCUCCUUAUAUACUACGUCAGUUUCUUUAAAGUUUCCGAUGUGGGAAGCGUUAUAGUUAAUUAAUUACAAAAGGUAAACUUUAUCUUAGAAAAAGGAAAUCAGUUUAAUUUGGAUAUUAAUUAUUACUUUUUUUCGUUUUGGAAUAGGUAACGUUUCUUCUAGUUCAAAACACACUUGAUAUUAAUGGAUGAUAUGGAUAUGGACCUCAGUGAACCAAACAUGGUUUUGAAGGGACUCACUGUAAAGAUUUGGAAGAGCUUCAUGAUAAUAUAUCACUUUGCAUCUGGAUUCGGAUCGUGCAAUUCCAACACGAGUACAGUAUUAGGAGGCGCUUCUUGUGGUAAGCGAUUGAGAGUUAGAAGAGCAAAAGGGUAAGAUGAUCAUGAUCCACAUGUGGAAUUUUCAAAGCUGUUAUUGAAGUAGUUCAUAAUUGAGAUGUAUAGAACUUUACAACAGGGUGGUGGUAUUCAUCAUAUACUGUAUUUCUCUUCUCCUUUGUUAAACUAUAUGUUUUUUUCUCAUUUUUUUGAAAGAAUUCUCAAAAUAAAUAUCCAAUCCAAUUUUCUAUAACAUUAUUGUAUCUCUUAACUUCAAGCAAAACAGUUCAAGGGAGAAAGCUCUGCCAAAAAUACAUAAAAUAUUCCUUUAUUGGUCUAACCAACUUGGUUAUCAUGAUUAGGAUUCUAGACAUUUAAAUGAAUCAUGAACAAUACACAAUUACUUGGAUCACGAUUGAUUUGAGACAGAAGCUAUAAGGACAUG